AUGACGAGCCACACGCUCCCGCGCCCGUCGCGUCCGUCAAUCGCUCCGCCGACGGGCCCACUGCCCUCGCUACCAGUUGCAAAGUCGCGCGUUUCAAACGUCGGCGGACCUGCUCUACGACAACCGUCGGGCUCGCUGCUUCCCGCCCGUGCCAGCAACAAUAGCAGAGCUGUUUCCUCACCGCAACGCCCAACCAAGGGCCACACAAAUUCCGCCUCCAACGUCCCGACUAUCCCGACCCUCACCGCUACCGAUUCGACUGCUGGCCCUCUACCACCGGGGAAGUCGCUACGAAAAACCGUCAGCAUCGGCGCAUUUCCACAACCCCCAAAGCAUGCAAGCAGACUAGGAAGUCAUCCGCCUAGCCCUUUGUCGGCCAGUUCGACGCCCAACGGCGAGACGGUAGAUUCGAGGAUUGCACCUGGCUUCAAGCCGCCCAUUACGCCGGCUAGGAGGACCAGUCUCAAGAAGACCACUCCGCGAGUCUCAAAUGUCGGCGGUCGUAGUCUCAUAGGGAAGUCACCACUUUCCCCGCCAAGUCUGCUCAACGGCAGCGGCGAGUCACUCGCAGUAGAGAACGGAAACCACUUGACCCUGCCAUCGCCGCCGCAGAGCCGGAAUUCAUCCGCCCAAGGAUCGUAUGCAACAAGCGCAACAACGUUCGAAGAUAUCGGAGACGACGACGCGCGAAGUCACGCUGGUCCGCAUGCUAUGGCCGACGACAAUGCGACACAGAAAGAUGGAAAAGGCAACGUCCUAGUCAGUGUGCGGGUACGGCCUGACGUUGGCGCCAAAGACAGCAAGCAAGAGACGGACUGGGAAGUCAGUGGCAAGAAAGCGCUCAUCUCAUAUAGAGGUCGUGAUGGCGGGGACCACUACUACGAUAACGUAUUCGAUACCCAAGACAACAACGCCCGCGUGUACGAUGCAGCUGCGAAGCGACUGGUCCGUCGGGUUAUGGAAGGCUACCACGGCACCGUGUUCGCCUAUGGCAUGACUGGAACGGGCAAGACAUUUUCAAUGCAAGGAACUGCUACGAACCCCGGUGUCAUCCCAUUGGCCAUUACUGAUAUCUUCUCGUAUAUCCGCGAGACACCACAUCGGGAGUUCCUUCUACGGGUCAGCUAUUUGGAAAUUUACAACGAAAAGAUUCAUGAUUUACUGGCUGGACCCAUUGUGGGACCAAACGGUCAACCUGGAGCCCAGGAGGAGAUCAAGCUAAGAGAGGAUGCCAAGCGCGGUGUCUAUGCGACCCCGCUCAAGGAAGAAAUUGUGCAGAGCCCGACGCAGCUGUUGAGAGUCAUUGCCCGUGGAGACAAUGCACGAAGAGUGGCAGGAACGCAGUUCAACGCAAGGAGUUCGCGAAGUCACGCUGUUGUUCAAAUCGUCGUAGAAAGUCGUGAGCGCGGUGCUAGUGGGAGUCUGAAAGAUUCCAAGCGCACGGCAAUCACACCUGGUGGUGUCCGCGUUUCUACACUAAGUCUCAUUGACCUGGCUGGAUCUGAAAAGGCCGCUGACAACAAAGAGAGGCGGACAGAAGGGUCUCACAUCAAUAAGAGCUUACUUACUCUGGGAACAGUAAUCGCGCGGUUAUCUGGUGAUAAGGACAAGGCGACAUCAGACAAGGACAAGUCGAGCAAAGAGAAGCACUUGCCAUACCGGGACAGCAAACUUACCCGUCUUCUCCAAGGUGCUCUUUCUGGAGGUUCUCUCGUCAGCAUCCUGUGUACGAUUCAGAUUGGCGCAAGCGGUAGCAUCGCCGCAAACAACACGCACAUUGGUGAAACGCUAAGCACGUUGAAGUUUGCUUCGCGUGCAAAGAACAACAUUGUCAGCCAUGCGAAGAAGGCAGAAGAAUCACUCGGUGCUGGUGGCGAUGCGGGAAGUCGAGCCCUUCUUGACCGGUAUCGCUUAGAAAUUCAAGAGCUUAGGAAGCAACUCGAAGAGCAGAACAAAGCAAAGGAGACCCAGUCAGUACAUGAAGAACAAGAGAAGGACGAGGAAGAGGAAAAAAUACGAGAGCUGGAAGAUCGGCAGCGCCAUGAAGAGCAGAUGCUAGAGAUGCAGCUAGCCAGGACGGCGCUCAAGGAACGUAUUGAACAUCUGAAUCGGUUGAUUCUGAGUUCAAAGUCACUGGGCGUCAAUAACAGUCGAUCGUUCUCAUCGAUGAGCCUUCAACGAGGCUCCACGGUCAGCGAAUUUCGACCAAUGUCCAUUCGGUCGUCAGCGAGCCAUGCUACACUCGACGUUCCGAGAAGAGGCUCUCAAAAUACCCUUUCGGCUGUUCCUGUUGAUGGAGACGAGGAUGAGGACUCACUCGGCGAUAACGGCGAUGGCACAGCAAGCCAGUCUGCACAAAUCCAGUCGCUGCAGAGUGACCUCGUUGAUAAGAAUCGGUACAUCGCAACGCUGGAGAAACGCUUACUGCAGGCCCGGAGAACCAGUCACUCGCGCGUGUCCAUGUCGCUCUCACAGAAGGUGGGCGGAAACAGCGAGGAAGGUGGUCUGCUAGCAAUAAUCGCAGAGAAGGAUGCAGAACUGUCCAAUCUGCGAGCACAGCUGGAGGACAAGGAGCGAAUGAUCGGAGCUCUGACUUCGGCGCGUAAGAAGAACGAGGCGGCACAAGAGCUCGGUAGUGACGGGUCGCCUGGGAGCAGAAGAACGUCGCAGCAGCGCAGCGAAGGCACCAAUGGUAGUGUGCUUUCGAAAGGGUCACCGGUGACUACCAGUCCAAGAUCGUUCUCCUUGACUUCGGCCUCGGUCAAACCAGAGCGGAACAUGGACGAUGUGACUCGGAUGCUCGACGAGAUGAUUUCGAAACAGGUGGAUUCUGUGCGAACCAGCGCCGACAGGUUACGACGCAGUAGCCUCCCGGGCGAUGCAAGUGCGAGCGGCACGCGCCGAAGCAGCCUUCGGCCUGUCAACGAGCUCAUCAGUGAGACCAGCUGA